AUGUUCAGACCAUUUUGUCAGUGUGUCCAGGCCACGCGGCAGCUGGCGACAAAAAUACCCCGAGCGAACAAGCUGCCGCCACGGCCAAAGCUCAGUGAGGACGAGAUUGCUGAGAAAUUCAUUAAAGGCGGCUCCGGCAAGGGCGGCCAGAAGAUCAACAAGACGAACUCAAAAGUGCAGCUAACACACAUCCCCACAGGGCUCGUGGUCACAUCUCAGGCCACACGAUCACGCGAGCAGAACCGCAAGAUUGCACGCGAGCUGCUUGCGGCCAAAAUUGACGAAAUGCGCAACGGUGAGAAUAGCAGGGCAGCUAUAGUAGCUCUGCGCAAGAAGAUGGUGAAAGAACGGGCCAAAAGGAAGACCAAGGCGAAAUAUAAACAGUUAGGCUCCAAAUCUGACCCCGACAUCGAAUGGGACGCGGUCGUUGACUUACAUGAGGACGAACGGAAAGUAUAA